AUAGUUUAUUAACCACUUCGUGAAAUUCGCUUCCGUCUCGACGCAACGCGAAAUGAGCAUCCCGGAGUCAUCAACUAAUUGUUCAACUGGCAGUUAUUUAGACGAUCUGUUGAAAGAGCUUCAGAUAAUGACUAACAUAUACGAAUCGAAUGAUAGUGUCAAAUUUCGAAAUGCUCAUAAUCUUCUAGUUCGUGAAAUCAAGCGUGUUUAUGACGCAGAAAUGAUCGUGAAUGGUCUCGGAAGCGGAACACCGCCACCCUCUUUCCUCGGAAGAGCUAAUGCUGGAAAAGAUGAAUCAAUGGAUCUAUCCUCGCUUAGAAAUCUUCUGAAGGAUGAUCCGUUGUUGAUGACACCACCACCUGGACUGCAACGUCGCCAGACUUUCAGCCCAAUGACUUUGUCAUUGAUUGGAGGUUUGAAAAAUGGUUGUUCUGAGAAUGAAAAUAAGGAAGAGGGGAAGUUUGAGAAAAUUGACAAAGUUUUCUUUCCUCCCGAGACUGCCAACAAUACUAAUCCAGUCGGACGCCUCAUUGGUCCACGUGGAAUGACAAUUCGCCAACUCGAAAAAGAUCUCGGAUGCAAGCUGUUCAUUCGCGGAAAAGGAUGUACAAAAGAUGAUGCCAAAGAAGAACGUCUUCGUGAACGUGUUGGCUGGGAGCAUCUCAAAGAACCGAUUCACGUGAUGAUUUCAGUCCGCUCCGAUUCGGAAGAGGCUGCAUCCGAGAAACUGUCAUCUAUCAAGAAAAUGCUUCAAGAAUUUUUGGAACAUACUGACUCGGAACUCAAACGCUCUCAGCUUAUGCAACUAGCUGUUAUUGAAGGAACACUCAAAUAAUUGCUUUGUUGUGGCCAAUACAUUAUUUGAUUGUAAUACAAAUAUAAAUUUCUGAAUAUU